GCCGAUUUUAACAUUGGAAAAAAUACCCAAAUAUCCGAUCCAAAUAAAACUUCUUCAAAAAUUUGCUGUACUCGUGCAAAUAUUAAUAAAACACGUUUAAAACACAGGUACCUAUUCUAACAUGCAAAUGUGAUUUUUAGUAUGUCACGAAGAACACCUCUAAUAAUAUUUUUACAAUAUUUGGGGAUGCAGAACAUUGUUUCUCUAGAUAGGUAUCUACAAUAGAGGUAGAUGAGAAUAUAGCCAUAGUCUUCGACCUCGCGGUAAUUCCAUCCUGUGAAAAUUGAAAACUGCUGGAAAAAGUUGUUCGAGAACGAAACCGCGUUAACUCAAAUAGGUACCUAUUUAUAUUAAACUGUAAACUGACCCCUAGGUGAAAACCUGUGGACGCCAAUGUCAGGUUGAACUCGCAACGUCAAACAAUUUAAAUUUAGAUCACAGAGUAAGCGUUUUGCUGCGGGAGAGAGCAAAAAUAUAUGGAGGAUGAUGAUGAUGGUAGGUUUAUAUUUGUACCCAAACGUGUGAAAUUAGCGACAUAAAAGGUUAUCCGAGUUUUUAAAAAGUGGGGUACAUGUAUGAAAAGAGACAAUCUCUAUAAACAAGUAACUUAUGGACGGACCGUGUUCUAUUCUUAGUUUUAUAAAUAUCUUUAGUUGGCGCUGCGCGUUCGCACCACAAAUGAAAACUGUUAAAGUGCAAUGAUUCUAAGGACUGGUUUUUAGUUUUUAUUUUAUGUGUAUUUAAUUCUUUUAGGAAAACACGUGGAAAGUCACGAAUCGGCACUAGAAGUACUGGCCGCUAGCAGCAGCAGAGCAGGAGCAUCAUUGUGGCCCUAUUGAGAUGAGCCAAUUUCCCUACAAAGACAACGGCGACACCGGUUUCAGACCGGUCGAACCACAAACAUGUAUUUUACAGCAACAACAGCAGAAACUGCCGCAGCAACGGCAGUACGAUGUCGAUGCCGAGUCAGACGCGGAGGACGAAAUGGUGACAACGGAACGUGAACUCGCUGAGGAUGCCCAGUGGAAAAAAAUACAACAAAAUACGUUUACGCGAUGGGCAAACGAACACCUCAAAACAGUUUCAAAGCAUAUCGGGAAUUUAGAGACUGACCUUAGUGAUGGCCUCAGGCUCAUCACCCUUAUUGAGGUACUGGCCAAUAAGCAGCUACCCAAGUAUAAUAAGAAACCCUCUUUUCGAUCUCAGAAGCUAGAAAAUGUGUCGGUAGCUCUUAAAUUUUUACAAGACGAUGAAGGAAUUAGAAUUGUUAAUAUUGAUUCCACCCAUAUUGUAGACUGCAAACUAAAAUUAAUAUUAGGUUUAAUAUGGACUCUAAUUUUACACUAUUCCAUAUCGAUGCCUAUGUGGGAGGGAGAAGACGAUAUGAAUGGAGGAACAGAAGCAACUCCAAAGCAGAGGCUGAUGAACUGGAUCCAAAGCAAAAUUCCAGACCUCCCAAUGAAAAACUUUACUACAGACUGGAACGAUGGAAAAAGACUAGGAGCUCUGGUUGAUUCCGUAGCACCUGGUUUAUGUCCUGAUUGGCCGGAUUGGGAUCCAAAAGAUUCAGUCCAAAAUGCAUCUGAAGCAAUGGGCUUAGCGGACGACUGGCUAAAUAUUCCGCAGCUCAUUAAACCUGAAGAAAUAGUCAACCCGAAUAUAGACGAGCAGUCUAUGAUGACUUAUUUAUCGCAGUAUCCAAAUGCGAAACUCAAAACUGGUGCUCCUCUCAGACCCAGAACUAGUCCAAAUAAAGUAAGAGUAUAUGGUCCAGGAGUAGAACCAACAGGUCCAGUAGCUGGAGCUACAGUGAAUUUCACAGUCGAAACUUUUUCAGCGGGAAAAGGAAAUGUUGAUGUAGUAAUAGAAAACCCGAAGGGUCAUAAAGAACCAGUUGAUGUAAGAUUUAACAACGACAGGAACCUCACGUACACGGUUUCGUAUACACCACAAAUGGAAGGAAUGCAUAAAGUCAAUGUGAAGUAUUCUGGAAGGGAAGUGCCAAAAAGUCCAUUUGCUGUUAAAGUUGAGGGUCAUGCAGGCGAUCCGACUAAAGUCACAGCAUCAGGUCCAGGACUCCAGCCAGAUGGAGUUUUUGUUAAUAAAGGGACACAUUUUGAUAUAUCAACAAAAGCCGCAGGUAAAGGUGUUCCCGAAGUUGUGAUCCUAGAUCCAUCAGGAAAUAAAAAUUCAGUGCCAGUAAAAGUGAGACAAACAAGCCCAGAUGUUUGGCGAUGUGAGUAUAUCUCGAACACACUUGGACUACAUUCCGUAAACAUAUUCUUUGCCGGACAACCUAUUCCAAAUAGCCCGUUUGGUGUAAGAAUUUCGCCAGUAUCGGAUCACAAGAAAGUCAAAGCUAGUGGUAGAGGUCUACAACAAAAUGGUGUUAGAGUUAAAGAUGCAGCUGAAUUUAAUAUUUACACAGAAGGUGCUGGGGAAGGUUUUCCUGAAGUUACAAUAAUUGGACCUGCUGGUGUCAAAGAAACCUGUAGGAUGAAUAAAGUUGAUGGUAACGUUUAUCACUGUGUAUAUAAUCCACUAAAGGAAGGCAGAUAUAGAGUUAUGGUUACAUUUGCUGGUAAUGAAAUUCAUAAAUCACCAUUUGAAGUUAAUGUGGGACCAUAUAAAGAAACAGUCAUUCAAGCAUAUGGUCCUGGAUUAAAUGGUGGUGUUGUAAACUAUCCGGCUUUGUUUACUGUUGAAACAAACGGUGAAACCGGUGCUCUAGGAUUUAGCAUACAAGGUCCAUCUCAAGCGAAAAUUGAAUGUCAUGACAAUGGGGACGGUUCUGCUGACGUCCGAUAUUAUCCAACAGCUCCUGGUGAAUACGCAGUACAUAUACUUUGUGACAACGAAGACAUUCCCAAAAGCCCUUAUAUCUCCCAAAUUCUCCCUCACACAGACUAUAACCCUGAAAAAGUAGAGGUUUAUGGUCCAGGAGUAGAGCCUAAUGGUCCACAUAAAGAUAUACAAACCAAAUUUAAAAUUGAUACCAAAAACGCAGGAUCGGCACCAUUAGAUGUUAAAGUAACAGACGGAAAUUCCAAUAAAGUUGACGUAAAACUGCUGCAACAAUCUGAUGGCCUUAUUGAAGCUUCAUACAUUCCCAAAAGUGGAAACCGUCAUACUGUUCAAGUCAAUUAUGGUGGGGUUGCUGUAAAAAAUUCUCCUUUCCGCAUAUACGUCACAGAACCAAUUGAUGCCUCUAAAGUUUUAUGUUUCGGACCUGGAGUUGAAAAUGGGGUAAAAGCUGGCUCACCAACACAUUUUAAUAUUGAUGCACGUGAUGCCGGAGAAGCAGACUUGGAUGUUCAUCUAGUCAACGAAGACACUCGUCAAGAAAUUCCUGUUAAGCUCACUGACAAUGGAGAUCGCACAUUUACUGUUGAUUACGAACCCAAUCAAUCUGGCAAUUACGCCGUGACUUUAGAUUAUGGUGGCCUUAGAGUACCAACUACUCCUAUUAAAUUCCGAGUAGAACCCAAUGUUGACGUAUCCAAAAUAAAAGUUGACGGAUUAGAACCGAGUGUCUACGUUGACUCGCCAACUGACUUUUUAAUUGACACUCGAGGCAUACCAAAGGUAAACGACGAUGGAAAAGUAACUUGCACAAUAACCAAUCCAUCUGGUGCUCAAACUGAUAAGCUUGUGACAGCUUUAUUAGACGGAACCUACAAAGUUAGCUACACUCCAUUUGAAGAAGGUAGACAUACCAUUGACAUAUUUUAUGAUAACGUUCCAGUACCUGGAUCUCCAUUUAUUGUGAAUGUUCGACGUGGUUGUGAUGCCAAAAAAUGUAUUGCCUAUGGACCUGGUUUGGAUAAAGGUAUACUCAAUGAAACGAAUGUUUUUACUGUUGAAACCAAAGGUGCCGGAAACGGUGGUUUAAGUUUGGCCAUCGAAGGACCAUCGGAAGCAAAAAUGACAUGUAAAGAUAACAGAGAUGGUUCUUGUUCAGUAGAAUAUGUUCCAACUGAAGCAGGAGAAUACGAUGUUGCCAUUAGGUUUGCUGACAGCCAUAUACCUGGUUCGCCAUUUAAAGUAAAUGUGGGUCCUAAACUAGAUGAAAGUCUUGUUAAAGCCUAUGGUCCAGGGCUAGAAGCCAACAAAUGCCGUACAGGUAUUCCAGCUCAAUUUAAAAUAGAUACGUCCAAAGUAGCUGCAGCUCCAGUGGCUGUUAAUAUAGUUUCCGAUUCUGCUCCCAUUUCAAAAAAACCGGAAAUAAAAGACAACGGAGAUGGUACUUUUGAAGUUACUUAUAUACCACCAAAUGAAGGUGCUAAUCUUAAAGCUCACAUUCAUUAUAACGGCAAAGAAAUCCCCAAUAGUCCAUUCCCAAUAAAAGUCAAGCCAGUUGUAGAACCAGAAAAGGUAAAAAUAACAGGUCCAGCAAUUGUAGAAAAAGGUAUUCCAGCUUCAAUUCCUACUACACUUAAAAUCGACACCAGCGAAGCAGGAUUUGGAGAUUUAGAAGUUAAAGUCACUGGACCAGAUGGACAUCCUAGACCAGUGAAAAUCCGUGAAAACGGGAAUCAAACAGUCAAUGCUUCUUUCGUCCCAGAUGACUGCGGUAGAUAUAAAUUGGAUGUUAAAUAUGGCGGGAAAGAUGUCCUCAAAACUCCUAUUCCAAUCCAGGUUUAUGCUAUUGGAAAUGCGGAAAAAUGUUUGAUAACUGAAGGUCUGGAAAAAUCACUUUCAAGCGGUGAGUCUUAUUGCAUCAACGUGAAUACUGAAGAUGCCGGAAAUGGAGCAGUUACGUGCAGAAUUAAGUCUCUUAGCGGAAGCGACUUAGAUAUCAAUAUUGUUGAUAAUGGAGACGGUACCGUUAGCAUCUACUACACUGUGGAGGAUGCAGGAGAAUAUACUAUCAACAUUAAAUUUGGAGGACAGACAGUCCCAGGCGGAUUUUAUACAUUCAUGGCCGAGGAAUCGGUUAAAAAAACCGAAAAAUCAACUCUAUCUCAAAGUGACAGCUUACAACAAACUUCAAGUAGCCAGCAAACCCAUAAAGAACAAUACCGAACAGUCAAUCUUAGUAAUAUACCUUUGCCCAGUACUGGUGGCCACGUAACAGCUGAAGUAAAAAUGCCAAGUGGAAAUGUAGAUAGACCGAUAAUAGAAGACAAUCACGAUGGUACAGUAUCAAUAAAAUAUGAUCCCAGAGAAGAAGGUGUACACGAACUAGCUGUUAAGUUUAAUGGAGAACACGUCCAAGGUUCUCCAUACAAAUUCCACGUAGAUUCAAUAAGUUCAGGCUACGUCACCGCCUAUGGUCCUGGUCUUACACAUGGAGUCACUGGUGAACCAAGUAAUUUCACCAUAUCUACAAAAGGUGCUGGCGAUGGAGGUUUGUCAAUGGCCGUUGAAGGACCAAGUAAAGCUGAAAUAAGUUGUCACGAUAAUAAAGAUGGAACAGUAUCAGUUUCAUAUCUUCCCACAGCACCCGGAGAAUAUAAAAUAUCUGUACGUUUCGGAGAUAAACACAUCAAAGGAUCACCAUUCUUUGCAAAAAUUACUGGUGAAGGCAGGAAAAGAAAUCAAAUUUCUGUUGGUUCGUGUAGUGAAGUAUCUUUACCAGGAAAAAUCUCUGAUGCGGAUAUUCGUUCUUUAAAUGCUUCAAUUCAAGCACCUAGUGGAUUAGAAGAACCUUGUUUCUUGAAGAGACUAGCCAGUGGAAAUAUCGGAAUUUCCUUUACUCCCAGAGAAGUUGGUGAACAUAUUGUUUCAGUUAAAAAAAUGGGCAUCCAUAUAGUAAACUCGCCAUUUAAAAUUAACGUAUGCGAGCGAGAAGUAGGUGAUGCUAAAAAAGUUAGAGUCCAAGGAAAUGCUUUAAAAGAAGGAAAAACGCACAUCGAUAAUACUUUUACUGUAGAUACUAGGAACGCAGGAUUUGGUGGUCUAAGUCUUUCAAUUGAAGGUCCUAGCAAAGCUGAAAUUCAAUGCAAUGACAACUCUGACGGAACAUUAAAUAUUUCUUAUAAACCCACAGAACCUGGAUAUUAUAUUGUAAAUCUUAAGUUUGCUGAUCAUCAUGUGGAUGGAUCACCUUUCACGGCUAAGGUAACUGGCGAAGGAUCCAAUAGGCAACGUGAAAAGAUUCAAAGGCAAAGAGACGCUGUGCCGGUGACAGAAGUUGGUAGCCAGUGCAAACUUACCUUUAAAAUGCCAGGUAUAACUUCCUUUGACCUUGGCGCAACUGUUACAUCUCCCGGAGGUGUGACAGAAGAUGCUGAAAUCAAUGAAAUCAAAGAUGGACUAUAUGCCGUUCAUUUUGUACCUAAAGAGUUGGGGGUCCAUACUGUUUCUGUUAGAUACAAGGACAUCCAUAUUCCUGGUUCUCCCUUCCAAUUCACUGUUGGUCCCUACCGCGAUCAUGGUGCCCAUUUAGUCAAAGCUGGCGGAGCUGGUCUCGAGAGAGGCGAACAAGGGGAAUUGAACGAAUUCAAUGUUUGGACAAGGGAAGCUGGAAGUGGCCAGUUGGCCAUUUCUGUUGAAGGUCCCAGCAAAGCAGAAAUUAACUUCACUGACCGUAAAGAUGGAUCUUGUGAUGUCUCAUACAAAGUCUCAGAACCAGGUGAAUACAGAAUAGGAUUGAAAUUCAAUGACGAACAUGUUCCCGAGUCUCCUUUCAAAGUCUACAUCUCACCGGCCGUUGGAGACGCUCAUUUAUUGGAAGUAGCUCAAUUCCCAGAAGGGUCCAUUCAAGCCGAUAAACCUUCACAGUUCAUCAUUCGUAGAAAUGGAGCUAAAGGUGAUCUUGAUGCAAAGAUUGUUAGUCCUUCCGGCCACGAAGAUGACUGUUUUGUGCAAAUUAUCGACAUGGAAGAAUAUUCAGUCAGAUUUAUGCCUCGCGAAAAUGGCAUACAUAAAAUCCACGCCAAAUUUAAUGGCGUCCAUAUUCCUGGAUCUCCUUUCAGUGUUAAAGUUGGUAAAGAUACUGCCGAUCCUGCUGCGGUUCACGCUCAUGGAAAUGGGUUAAACAGGGAAGUUAAGACAGGAGUUAAAACCGACUUUAUAGUAGAUACACUCAAUGCUGGCGCAGGCACACUUGCUGUUAACAUUGAUGGACCAAGCAAAGUAGCCAUGGAUUGUACUGAAGUUGAAGAAGGAUACAAAGUUAGAUAUACACCCAUCGCCCCUGGAGACUAUUAUAUUAGUGUAAAAUAUAAUAACGUUCACAUCGUUGGAUCACCAUCUAAAGUAACCAGCAAAGGUGAUGCCAAUGUCGCUGAUAUUGGUGGCCAAGAAUCAUCAUCGGUAGUUGUUGAAACAAUUAACAAAGUAGGUAAAGGUGCCAACCACAAAGGCCCAGUUUUGCCACACUUCAAGAGUGACGCAUCCAAAGUAACAUCUAAAGGAAUGGGUUUGAAAAAGGCAUAUUUGGGAAAACAAAAUCAAUUCACUGUUGCUGCUGGAGAAGCAGGACCAAACAUACUUUAUGUUGGAGUUUACGGACCCAAAGGACCAUGCGACGAAGUCUUUAUAAAACAUAAGGGACAUAAUUUAUAUGACGUCAACUAUAUGGUAAGAGACAGAGGAGAAUAUUUGAUUAUCAUCAAAUGGGGAGACGACCAUAUCCCAGGAUCACCUUACAAAGUUGAUGUUUAGAAUAUUUAUAUUUACCUACUUUCAAGAUCUGCUUGGUCCCAAACGAUAAUUUAAUUAUCAUCAUAUAUAUUAUAUUAUGUUUUCAUUAAAAAAUAGUUUUUUUUUUGGUAAAACUAAGAAAAUAUAGAGGUAUAGCCCUCACUUAUUCCAGUAAGUCAACAAAUUAUUGUUUUUUUUUUCUCUUAUUUAAUAUACAGAUAAAGGAAUGCCUUAUAUAUAAUUAUUGUUAUUUCUUAACGCUUCAAAUUAUUUCAGAUUAUCACAUCGUCUUAUGUUCCCAUGUUAAUUAUAUUAUUCGUUUUAUAAAUAAAUAUUUGGUAGAAAAAUCUAUCAA